AUGCAAAGGGGAUUCAACACAUUUGACUUACCUAAAGAUAUUCGGCCCUUACACGUCGAGAGUCAGGAAGCUGGCGUCAGAGUUCAAUGGUCUGAUAAUGCUCAUGAGAGCUUUUACCCCUGGGAGUUCAUCAAUUCAUACUUGAAGGCAGACCGUGUCGAGUCUGAAAGCUUACAAGUCGAGUAUUUUGGUGCAGAUGGCAAUUCUGAAGCGGAACAAUGGCCGCCAUCGGUGAGAAGCAAAGAUGUUGAGAGCAACGAAACGGCCGCAAUUGGUCAAUUGACAGCCUUCAUUCGACGUUUCGGGUUCUCAUUCAUCAAAGACGUACCAUACGAAACAGGUGAGGCCACAGAAAAGCUACUGGAGAAGAUUGCCUUCAUCAGGCACACCCAUUAUGGGGGCUUUUACGAUUUCAUUCCGGACCUCGCACUCGCAGACACUGCUUACACCAAUCUGGCUCUGGCGGCGCACACAGACACCACUUACUUCUCAGACCCCGCCGGCUUGCAGGCCUUCCAUCUCCUGUCUCACACAGACGACACUGUGAAGGAUGGAAAGAUAUCCCUCGGCGGCCAGUCUCUCCUUGUGGAUGGAUUCUACGCAGCGAGUAUCUUGAGGGACGAAGACCCUAAAGCGUUUGAGAUCCUGAGUCGUGUUAAGCUGCCAUGGCAUGCCAGUGGAAAUGAAGGAAUCACGAUUGCUCCCGACAAGUUAUAUCCCGUCCUUGAAGUCGACGAGAAGACGGGCGCGCUGCAUCGUGUCAGAUGGAACAACGACGACAGGGGUGUCGUCCCAUUCGACAGCGAGUACUCUCCACAGGAAUGGUAUGAUGCUGCCAGGAAGUGGGACGCAAUACUGCGUCGGAAAUCGGUAGAGUACUGGUUCCAGCUUACUCCCGGGAGUCUUCUAGUCUUUGAUAAUUGGCGUGUACUGCAUGGGCGAAGCGCGUUCACGGGCGUGAGGAGAAUGUGCGGUGGGUACAUCAAUCGAGAUGACUUUAUGUCACGAUGGAGAAAUACGAAUUAUCCCAGGGAAGAGAUUCUACGACGGGUAGUCGGGUAA